AUGUCGGCGAAUAUUGGAAAUGAAUAUGAAGAUGGCGCAUACGAAGAUGCAAAUGAAGCAGUAAACGGAGACGCUGGAUAUGCAGCACAAAAUGAAGGAGCUGCAAACGAAGCAGCAGAUAGACAGGCUGAACAUGCAGAAAAUAAGAAAGGAGCUGGACACGAAGAAGCGAAUCAAAACGUUGGAGAUGAGCUACAAAAUAAACACAUUGUAGAUAUGUCACCGAAUAUUCAUCCUGGCCACCAAGACACUGGACACGCAGCAGAAACUAAACCCAAUGUAGUUCUGUCAAUUGAAGCGAUUACACGUGAAAACAUAGAGAAUGGAAAAAAUCGAUAUCAUCAAGAAUGUUUGAGAUUAGAAAAGUUAUACUUCACAAAAUGGGCCAAACAUUAUUUAUCAGAUCAUGGAGCAUUACAACAAUCGAUUUCACAGAAGUGGAAACAAAGAGAACUUCUGGACGAUAUCAUAGGUAAUGUCACAAACUUCACUGUAAAACAUGCAAAGUGA